CAAUAAAGCUCCGUAUCCUUUAAAACGUUCGUAACGAAUACCUGUUUAGAAGCGUUCGAAUAAUAGUUUAUUUUUAUUUCAGACCUGAAUUGGAAAAAAAAACUGCCCUCAGGCGUAAUUCUCAAACCUGCGUAAUAUUAGAAGCCUAUUAACCUCUAUUGUAAAAUCUACAAACCUAAUUGGAGUAUAAUGGCUUAUCCGUUUCACGUUUCUUCCUCUUCUUUCUUUCUUUUGUACUGAAACAUUAGAACUUGGGAAAUAUCCAGGGUUCGAUGUACGGCAUGCCUGGCGAUGCACCUCAAGUUAAUCCUGAGGUUCAACAAUGGUUCGCUGCGGUUGAUCGAGACGGCAGUGGAAAGAUUACAGCUUCUGAACUACGAGCUGCUUUGGCCAAUGGACAGGGCGGUUACUUUUCAGAUACCGCCUGCAAACUUAUGAUCAGUAUGUUUGAUAAGGAUAAAACUGGCACCAUAGACAUCAUUCAGUUUCAAGCAUUGUAUAAUUAUAUAAAUGCAUGGCUUGGUGUUUUCCGGGGUUACGAUCGUGAUAAUUCUGGUACCAUUCAAGAAAAUGAACUGUCCGCAGCUCUGACACAAAUGGGCUACCGAUUCAGCCCUGAAUUUAUCAAGUUUCUGAUACAGAAAAGUGAUCUAAGCAACCAUGAAAGCAUAACCAUUGACCAAUUUAUAGUCCUCUGCGUACAAGUUCAGAGGUUUACAGAUGCCUUUCGAGUAAGAGACUCGGAUCAAACUGGAACGAUUUCUAUUUCAUUUGAGGACUUUUUAACUGUGGCUCUUAGUUGUAGUGUCUAAAAUAUACCUAAUAGUAUUUUAACAGGAGAAGAAAUUAGAAAAACAUGCAAUGUGCUUUUUUUAAUCACUCAGGGUAAACAAGAUGCACAGAAAUAUAAACUUUCAUCCAAA